CUUUGAUGCUGCCAGGGCAUUAAAACUGCUCCAUUCACUGCAGGAGCCAAACACAUUAAAUCUUUAUGUUUUACUACGUUUUGCAAAUCCAAGUCGAGCGUCCUCCUGCUCGUUGCUGCUGUGGCUUUUGUUAAUGAAACAAAUUAUUGAAGUCACGGUUAAUGGAAACGCUCAAAGCUUUUCUUCAGGUCCAUAACAUGUGAUUGCAGAGUUCAGGUUGCCUGAUGACAUCGCUGUCAGAGGGUCUGUGGACGCGGAUGAUUGCUGGUUAUAACAAAACAAACGAUGCUGCAGACGUGUUGUUGUUGAGGGGCAUCUUCACUUCUUGCUUUAGCCUUUUAUUGAGAUUUAGUGACUCAGAUGUUUGAGGGUGGUCACUAAUUGGCCUCCUGACGUGACUCAUUGUUUAAAAACCUAUAAUCAUGUUAAUAUCACGUUCGUCUCAAACCAAGUGGACGUCAAAGUGCACCUCUGCGUUGGCAAUAAACGCUUGAAACCAUGCAGAGCGCCAGCUCCCUCACAACAGCUAAUUACUGGCUCUGGCUUCUGCAGCCAUGGACUGGGAGAAGCCGAUGAACCAGCCCGGGGCCAACGCCUCCUCCCCCUCCCCCUCCCCCGCCUCCUUCCCCGGCCUGGAGCUCCUCUUGGACCUGAGGCCCGUCUUCAUCCCCCUCUACACCGCCGUGGUCCUGGUCGCCUGCUCCGGCAACGUCCUCCUGCUGUUCCUCAUCUGGCACAAGAAGAAGAGACACAACACCACCAACUUCCUGCUCAGCAACCUGGCGCUGGUGGACCUGGUCAUGUGCGUCCUCUGCGUCCCCUUGACGGCCUCGUACGCGUUCGACCGGCGCGGCUGGGUCUUCGGGCCCCACCUGUGCCACCUGGUGAGCGUCAUGCAGUCGGCGGCCGUCUUCGCCGCCGUCCUCUCCCUCAUGGCCAUCGCCGUGGACCGCUACGUAGUCGUGGCCCAUCCCAUCCGCAGGAGGGGCGGCUGCCAGUUCUGCUGGGCCCUGGUGCUGCUGAUCUGGCUGUCGGCGCUGGCCCUGGCCACGCCCACAGCGCUGCACACCGUCUACCUGGACCUGCGGGCCGCGGGCCUGCAGAUGGCCGUGUGCGAGGAGUUCUGGGACGGCCAGGAGCGCGCCCGCCUCGUUUACUCCUCCUUCAUCCUCGUCUUCUCCUACUUCGUCCCGCUCGGCGCCGUCUCCGUUUCCUACUGUGCUAUAUCCUACAAACUAAAGCAGAGGACCAUGUCCAGCCUGAUGGCGUGUCCGGAGCUGAGGUCCGCUCGAGCCGCGUGGAGCAGACGGAGGAGGAGGACGUUCUGCCUCCUGCUGGUGUCGGUGCUGUGCUUUGCUUUCUCCUGGCUCCCGUUACAGGUGGUGAAUCUGAUCCACGACCUGGACACGGACUUCUCCAUCUUGGGGAAGGACUAUAUAAACGUCAUCCAGGUGUCGAGCCACCUGUUCGCAAUGAGCUCCGCCUGCUACAACCCCUUCAUUUACGCCUCACUGCACAACAAGCUGCUGUCCUACAUGUGCCACCGCUUCCUGUCCUGGAGGAGGGACAGAGGAAAGGACGGGGGUCAAGGGUCGAGCAUCCUCACCAGAACCCACAGACUGACGCGCCAUCGCACCUCCGCCGCAGCGUUACCGGGCGCCGCUGUGAACGUGAACGUGGUUCUGCACGACAGCUACGCUUAAGUAGCAGUAAAACGCAGGCCGGAUCUCGACGGGGCCGGUGGAGUCAGUGUCUCAGAGCUUUUGGGCUCAGACUGAUGGUCUGAGACCCCCGUGGGGGGGGGGCAGGUUUUUAGGCCUUUUCCUAUUAGUGUGAUACUGUCGUCAUAACAAGCUGAAGCUGAACUACACAGAUGCUAAUGCUUCAUAGCACUAAGACACAGGCUUCAUUCUAGUUCAUUCAUUGUAAAUAGACCAGGCUGGAAUAGAUUGCAUGUCGCGAUGAUGCUAAAAACACACAGAAAGGCUGCUUAGACCUGGGGCCGGGGCCUCGAGGGGCUGCUGGUGUGACCAUAUGAAUCUUGUCGCCAUUCGUAAUGAAAAGAGAAUUUAAAGCUGAACGCAGCCACACUCAGGAAAAACAAUCAAAAUGUGAAGCAGCACACGGCUCGGUGAGGAUUUAUACAGCGAUAAAAAUCCAGACUGCUGUGGGAAGAAUGAAGUAUUUGUUUAAUUAUCUAUUUUUUACAUAUUUAUGAGCUUUCGGCUGUGAUUUUAUUUAAUAUGCAGAGAUAUAAUUGGGUUCUUGUUCCUGGUGUUAAUAGUAUUUACAGAAUGCAUCCAGUGCUUUAAUGUUACCAUUAUUAGUGUAACUGCACGUGUGUAACAUGUAAAUGUGCUUCAUCUGUUUUUCUCGCUCCACUGAUUUCAUGGAGGACGGAACACGAACGUGCAGAGUUUCUGCGCUGUCUGUCGCUCCGUUCAGCCACAAGCAUCUAAACGCCUUCUACACUUCACUGCUGCAGCGGUGACAUUUGACGAACAUUUGAUUAAACAGGUUCCGUUCGCAAAAAAAAAAAAACACCUGUCGCGUGUUUAAAUGUCAACAUGUAGGUGGUGAUCGUGUGAAAUGAGUUAUUUUGUUCAUCAGGACGCAACUGAGCAAACGUUUAAGAAUAUGGAAAUAAACAGUGUUUAUAAAAGCAUCAUUUAAAACCUGUUAAACAUAAAUCACCUCAGUGACUGUAAGUCUGUGCUAUAUUUUAAAUAUACCAAUAUUUGCAGAAACAGCUGCUUUCGGUCCUUCUUGAAGCUGUGACUCUAAUAAAUGUCACUGUUCUAAGUUUGGAAACUGCACCACUUGGUGUUACUACUAUCAGUGAUCGUAUCAGAACGGCUCAGAGCAGCUCCACAGAAAAUGACUCACACCAACCUGAACAAAAGCAGAGAAAUGAGCAAUCUCACGAGCGACGCUCCAGCGGAGGCUGAAGUUGGAUCAAGUCUAAUAUGCCAAAUAAAAUGUAAGCCAGGAAAAACACUCACAAUAGUUAUAAUAUAGUUUACAAGCUAUAAGUUGAAAUUUAUAUUUGAGAAAGAUUAGAUUUUUAGAAAAAAAAAAAAACUUUAAAAUGCCAAGUGGAGUCUUUGUCCAUUAGGUUUGUAAAAGAAACACACAAAAAAAGUUUAAUCUCACAAAAACAAGUCGAACCCAAACAGGAUGUGGGUUUAGACGCUGCUCGUACGACCGGAACUAGACCUCAUUUACAGAUAAACAUAUAAGUGAGGGAUGACUGUGAAGCAGGUGGUGGAGGUGGGAAUGAGCUGCAGUGUGAAUAUGUGAGUUUACAAUAGAAGACAAGGGGACGCUGCUGAAUGUCGUAUCGAGGGAGAAUCUGUCACUUCUGCCAACAGGAACACGAAAUCAUUUACAUCAUCACACGCUUCUAUUUAUAAGGACGUCGUCGUCAUGGUCGACAACAACUAGUUUAAAUGGGUCUUAAGGAGCAAAUGUUCAUGAUGUUCUUAUGGAAUAUGAGGAGAUGCUACUUGCAAAUAUAUGUUAUGAAAUGACAGUGCUGUUCUGUCUCAUUGUCUGAAGAGGCAUUUUCAGGUUUUACCCGGUUUAUAAAUAAAACCGAACAA